AUGGCAGCCACAGGAACAGCAACAGCAACUCAAGCUCUCUUCUGCAGCAACUAUCACCGCUCUUUGGUCACAGCAGCUACAAAACCACAGUUCAAUUCCAAAAGACCACCUUCAGUCUCUCUCCAUCAUAAAUUGCAACAAAUUAGAGCUUUUAAUUUCAAAAUCCAAUGCCCUCCAUCAACACAACUAUUCUUGUCCAAAAAUUCCAAUUUCCUUUGCCAAGCGGCCCGCCGCAAACCACCCAUCGUCUCAAACACCAACACCGUCUCAUCCGCCGAAGAGGGCAAUGUUAAUGUACGGAAAGUUGUUCAAAUUAUUCUGUGGGUUGCUGAAGGAGUUUACAUUUUGUGGCUCUUUCUACUCCCUUAUGCCCCUGGAGAUCCAGUGUGGGCUAUCAGUUCAGAAACUGUAAAUUCUCUCGUUGGACUUUCUCUCAAUUUCUUCUUCAUCUUGCCUUUCAUCAAUUCUGUCGGCAUACGUCUUAUUGAUGCCCCAGUUCUUCACCCGAUGUCUGAAGGAUUAUUCAACUUUGUUAUUGGGUGGACUUUCAUGUUUGCUCCUUUGCUGUUCACUGAUUGCAAGAGGAAUAGAUACAGAUGGUCAUUGGAUGUUUUAUGGGGUUUUCAGAUGUUCCUCACAAACACCUUCUUGAUACCCUAUAUGGCUAUCCGGCUGAAUGAGGCUGAUUCCGUCUGUACUCCAAGCAAGCGCUCUCAACUAGGCACUGUCAUGAUCAAUGGUGCACCGCUUGUGGGACUGAUUGGUGGGGCUGCAUGCCUGAUUUCAGUAUUAUGGGCUCUUUUUGGUCGAAUGGAUGGUAAUUUUGGGAGCAUAACAGACAGAUGGGAGUUCUUGGUUAGUUAUGUAGAUUCAGAGAGGCUUGCUUAUGCUUUCAUUUGGGAUAUAUGUCUCUACAUAAUUUUCCAGCCCUGGCUGAUAGGUGAAAAUUUGCAAAAUGUUCAGAAAAACAAGGUUGAUGUGGUGAAUUAUCUUAGAUUUGUUCCGGUGGUUGGCUUGGUGGCCUAUCUUCUCUGUAUGAAUCUUGAUGAGGAACUGUAG